GCCCAGUCUCCGUCUAUGUCUCUCACCCCUCUCUCUCCUACUCUCUCCUUUAUAACGAACUGUGCUGGUCAGAGAGGGAGUAAAGUUCAGGAGGAGAGAGAGAUCACAGUGCUGCCGAGGAGGAGCCAGCCAGACACGAUCAAGAUGGCCUCCUCAGAACCGUCGUCCUGCUGUGCAUCCUGCAUCGCUCUGAAGGAACGUUGUCCUCGUCCUCAGGGUCUCCUCAACCUGCUCAUCACCAAACUGUGUCUCUUUGCUCUGCUGUUUGGCGUGGUCUGGUCCAUCACUGGUCAGGAGUGUCUACCUGGAGGGAACCUCUUCGGUCUAGUCAUCCUCUUCAUCUGCUCUGUCCUUGGAGGGAAGCUGGUCGGACUGAUCCAACUGCCCACGCUGCCCCCCUUCCCUCCACUACUUGGCAUGCUGCUGGCCGGCCUCGUCUUGCGGAACGUUCCCUACAUCACGGACGCCGUCUUCAUCGACACUCACUGGUCUGCAGCUCUGAGGAACAUCGCGCUGUCCAUCAUCCUGACCAGAGCCGGGCUGGGCCUUGACCCCUCAGCGCUGCGGCGGCUGAAGGCCGUGUGCGUUCGCCUCGCCAUCGGUCCCUGUGUGGUGGAGGCCUGCUGUGUAGCCGUGGUGUCCCACCUACUGCUGGGGCUGCCCUGGACCUGGGGCUUCAUCCUGGGCUUCGUUCUGGCUGCAGUGUCUCCAGCCGUUGUGGUUCCGUCCAUGUUGCUCCUUCAGAGAGAAGGAUUUGGAGUGGAGAAGGGAAUCCCCACCCUACUGAUGGCUGCUGGAAGCUUCGAUGAUAUUCUGGCUAUAACGGGGUUCUCCACCUGCCUGGGCAUCGCCUUCUCUACAGGUUCUACCUGGAUGAACAUACUGAAGGGUCUGCUGGAGGUGGUGGGAGGCGUGAUAGCUGGACUCAUCCUGGGCCUGUUCCUGGUCUGGUUCCCCAGCAGAGACCAGGAGGACCUGGUGCUGAGGAGAACCCUCAUGCUUUUGGGUCUGUCCAUAUUUUCGGUCUUCUUCAGUCAUGUCAUUGGUUUUGCUGGAGCUGGUGGUCUCUGCACGUUGGUUCUGUCCUUCCUGGCUGCUCUCGGCUGGAAGACCGACAAGGCCCCGGUGGCAGCCCUGGUGGGUCAGUCCUGGGAUGUAUUCCAGCCUCUCCUGUUUGGUCUGAUUGGAGCUGAGAUCACCAUAGCAACCCUGAGUCCGAGCACCGUGGGUCUGGGCAUGGCCUGCAUCCUCAUCGGUCUGGUGAUUCGUCUGCUGGUCACCUUCCUGCUGGUCCACUAUGGACGCUUCAACCUGAAAGAGAAGUUCUUCAUCGCUGUGGCGUGGCUGCCUAAAGCCACCGUACAGGCUGCCAUCGGCUCCAAGGCGCUGGACAUGGCGAGGGAGGAAGGUGACGAGGUCUUGAUGAAGUUUGGUUUGGACGUGCUAACAUUAGCCGUGUUGGCCAUCCUGACCACGGCGCCCAUCGGUGCUCUGGGUAUUGGUCUGGCUGGACCCCGCCUCCUGGCCCGGCAGGUCAAAGGAGAAGAAGUGGAUGACGAAGCCUCAUCUCCCUGUCGCAACAGCAUCGUUCAAGAAAAAGACAGCGUGACCCUGGAGAGCAAACUAUGAGGCUUCUGAUUGGACAAACGGACUCUGACUACAUUUAUAGCACUCCCUCUGGCCACUCCUUACGUAGAUGAACCAUAGUAUGUAGCUGCUUGAGGUUUUUAGAUGUUCCUGCUCGUUUCUUCUAUGCUUUGAUAGCUGACCUGCUGUCCAUGUGUGAAUGUUUCAUUAUGAUGUUCUUUAUGAUGCUAAUAACAGUAAAGUCAGAGAAACUG